CCCCCAUGUCACCCAUCCCCAUGUCACCCCAUCGUCCCCAUGUCACCCCACUGUCCCCGUGUCACCCACAGCACAUCACCGACCACCUAUCAGCACUGAGGGCCGGGUGGCAGCUGAACCUGGACACCUUUUCAUCCCCCACCCCUCGUGGGACGGUGACCUUCUCCAACCUGGUGGCCACGCUGUCCCCCUCGGCCCCUCGCCGCCUGGCACUGGCGUGUCACUACGACACCAAAGUGUUGCCAUCACCCGGAGCUGCUGCCUUCAUUGGGGCCACCGACUCAGCCGUGCCGUGCGCCAUGCUGAUGGAGGUGGCAGCUGCCCUGGAUGGGCCCUUACGGAACGCCAAGGAGGGGGAUGCAGAGGUGACACUGCAGCUGCUGUUCCUGGAUGGAGAAGAGGCCUUUGAGGAAUGGAGUGCCACCGAUUCUCUGUACGGUGCCCGGCACCUCGCGGCACGCAUGGCAGCCACCCGGCACGGUGCGCACGGCACGGAGCUCAGCGCCAUGGUGAGCAUCCCCAGCACAGCUGGUGGGGUCAUGAUGGGCUGGUGGCAUCGUGGUGACAUGGAG